CCGGCCGCUAAAGAUCCGUAUUAUCCUUACGACAUACCGGUGUUCAGGAAGAAUUAUCAUGAGACGCUGCACCCCAAUUUCGAAAUUAUGGGCGAGGAUCGUUUCAGCUACGGCUACAAGUACAGAAUUGAUCCGCGUCUCGCAACCGGAAUAUUUGUUUUAACCAUGCUCACUUUGGCGACGAUCACUUACUUUGCGGCACCUUAUCCGACCGUUCAUCCGAGGAUGGAGAGGCAGUUUCCAAAACAGGGUGUACUACACUAUACAUUUGAGCCAGCAGAGUGAAACUAGGACGAAUAGCCUUGAAUAAAUAUAAUAGAUUUAUAUGAAAAAUACAGCAGAUGUCUGAUGUAAUGUAUGAGUUGUAAUAUACAAAUAGUAUUUAUCGAGGUAUUUAUAUUACAACGCCUUUCUCGUUA